UAGUCUUUAAGCUAUACCACGAAUUGCAAUUCUAUUGGUAGCAAUGAGUGGCUCAAAACAAGUGGAGAAUAUAUCCUAUGUGGACAUCCAGCAUGAUGCUAUCGAUGUCUUUGACGAUGUCGAACAGGCGGUAAUAAUGAAGGAAGAUAUAUGGAUAUCGGGCUAUCAUCACGGCGAAACCUCUGUCCAUGGUAAAGCCAUGGUGGAAUUCGAAGACGGAGGGUCCAUAAACAUUACUGCUCGAGACGGAGUCAAGGUGGAAAGGGUAACAAAGACAGACUUUGUGGUAGAUAUCCCGGCAUUAGGAAUUUCCAAACGGCCUGUACAUUUCCCAAAGCACGUUCUACAUCCUCCAUACGAGAAAGCUUCAGACGUCGAUCCUCCAUUACAAAUCAAUGCGCUCUCUGUGAACCCCAAAACGCCACACAUCAUCGUCGGAGGACCGGAUGGAUACUGUAUGAUCCUCCCAACGGGUGUCAUGGCCUCACCGAAGAAGGAUGGUGUAAAGUUAAAGGGACAUGUUGGAGACAUAAGAGCCGUCAGAUGGUUCCCCAGCGGUGAGGUGGUCCUCACAGCUUCCGCUGACCUCACUAUUCGUGUCUUUGGCAUGAACGGCGUCAAUCCUCGUACAUUUAAAGGUCAUUCUCGGGCAAUAACAUCACUGGCUAUUUUGGGUGUUGGCAAGACUGUUCUUUCAGCGGCCAAGGACGGAACCAUCCGGCUCUGGGAUGUUGGCAGUGGACAACAAGUGAAGCAAUGGACAACUGGAGGUGAGAAGGGAACGUUAGUAAUUGAAGAUUUCAUUUUGGUCGAAGAGUCAACAGCCAUAGAAGCGUUAGGUCUCCAGGGCCAAGAAAGAGUCAUGUUAGUCCAGGACCAGCUAGCUGUAUGGGUACAGCCUUGGGAUGGCGAGGGUUGGUUGGUGGAAACGGAUAAGCAGAUUGCGUCUCUGGCUUAUGAGAGAGAAACGGGGACUAUCGCGAUCGGAUACUCAAGCGGUGUCGUCGAGAUUAGAGAUCUUGCUUCUCUCAUCCCAGGAACGACUGGCAAGCGGAAAAAGAUAAGAAGAAACGAAUCACCAAUUUACAGUCUCGCUUUCGGCCUUGAUGUCGAAGAUGGCAAAAUAGAUUUAUAUCUUGGUACUGCCGCCGGUCUUCCUUGCCGUCUAGGAGUGAAGUGCGUGGCAGAUGGGUACCAAGUAGUGGUGAAGGACGAAUUGGCCGGAUGGGAUGCUGUUAGUAUUGAGUGUAUGGAGGCGGUGAGGGAUGGGAUGUGGUGCGGAGGAGGGGAGGGCGGAUUGAGAAAGUACACAGUUUAAAAUGCAGCGCCGAUUGGAC